AUGAGCAAGAAAAUAGAGACCUAUGCUAAUGAGAAGGUAGCAUUUUAUUUGCAUAAAAACAGAAAUUUCAUUCAUAAAAUAGAGAAUACUCUCAAAGAAAUUGAAAAAGACAAGAAAAUUAAAAUGGAAAAGGAGAUCGACCAACUAUUACAGAAUAAAAUAAAAAAACCAAUAGAAUAAAAAGUUGAGAAGAUGACAAAUAAAAUCCAAGAGAAGGAAGUACUCUUAUUCAAACUCCUGAAGUGGACGAUGAGAUUGCAAUAAAUAAACAGUAGUGCCUGGGAAAGUUCACAUAGAGAAAAUAAUAUCACCACUCUCUCAGCAAAUACCAGAUAUCAGCAAAACAGGACUCUCUCUCCCAAUAAAAAAAUAAAUUUAAAAGCUAUCAAAGCCAAGCUCUAUGACAAGGUCGUUUCCUAAAGAGGGAGUAAAUUUAAUGAUAAGAUAAGAAAUGAUUUCAGAAAUAAUGUUCUCUUAAACAAAUUGAUUAGCUCUUCUCAGGAACAAUCAAUUUUGUCUGGCCAGUUCAGCAGUUCAAAGCCUAAAAAUUUAAUUAAUGAAGUUGAUGAAAUGAGCAAUAAUCUUAACUAGACUUUUAACAGCACGAAGCAGUCCUCUGAAUUCAAGAUUUAAUCUUUUUUCCCAUAGAUUUUGUCAACCAACAGAGCCAGAGAAUCAAAUAAUGUUUCGUUAAGUAAUUUAAAUUUAUCUGCUCAAAGAUAUUAAGCUUCUGCUGAUACAUCUAAUAAUGCUAAUUCAGCAUCUUCAAGCAAGCAUUAAACCAUUCAAAGAAAUAUGGUUUCCUUCAAGAAUAAGGAUUAGAUUCUCAUUGACUAAGAAAACGAAAAAUAGAAAAGACAGAUUAAAGGUAAAAUUAAGCAUAUCAUAGAAAGAUGCCUUUCGACUAGGAAGUAGGCUUAGUAAAAUAUUUAGGAUUUAGAAGAUAACCUUGAAGAUCUUAAAGUUAAAGAGCAAUCUUUUUCAGAUGUUUUCCAUAUUUUGCGAGAAAUUGAAGGCACUGAUGCCUCUGUAAUUGAAAGUCUAUAUGUUUAUAAGAUGAAUGGGCAAAAAGAUUUUUAAGAUGAGGCCAAAUAAGUAACAAAAGAAUUCAAAUUAGGCAUGCUAGAUCCUAUGAGAGAAGUAACUAAAUACGAAUAGCAAAUGAGGUUUAAAAAGAGAAAAGACCUCUUAAAAGGGACAAUAAAAAUUAAAGCAGGAAUAUGA